CUCCUUUGUUUCCUCUCUCCAUCACGCUCGACUCUCUCUUUCUCUCGCCAUCCCUUUUCCUCUCUGUCUCCUCGCCGCUGCUGGCGCCACUUCUCAGUCCCGGCGUCGCCUCCUCCUCCUACCCUGAUUCAAAACACCAACCCCCUAAAUUCUCCCAAUUCCUCAAACCCUUCUCCUCAAAUCCUAAAUUUCUCUGGAAUACCAAAUUUUCUCCUUCUCUAUUUCUCACCAUCUCGAUCAAUUCUAAACCAAGCGACAGCAGCACCACGGCUCUCCCCAAUCCCUCUCCUCUCAUCUCGGAACAGACGGCAGCCUCCACCGCCGCCGUCCCUCUCUCUUCUAACGGCGAGAAUUGCUGCCGCCGUGACAGCAACACCUCUGCCUCAACUCUCUCUCUCUAUCAACCGAAGAAAUCAACACAAGGAUUCGAUUUCAAUGGCAUCCGGUGGCGAAACUGCGCGGGAGUCUAUCGACGUGAUAUCGGAGAGGCAGAAACAGCAGAAGAAGAAAAAGAAGAGAGCUGGCGAGGAAGACCUGCAAAUCGAGGGCUACUCAAUCGGGGGAUUGUCGAUAGCGGGGCAUGAGACUUGCGUGAUUCUGCCCUCUCUCAACUUGGCGUUUGAUAUUGGCAAGUGCCCCCAGUGUGCCAUUUCGCAGCAGUUCCUCUUCAUCUCCCACGGCCACAUGGACCACAUUGGAGGACUACCAAUGUACGUUGCUACACGUGGCUUAUACCGGAUGGCGCCACCAACUAUCAUCGUGCCAAAAGUUAUCAAGGAAAGUGUGGAAAAGAUUUUUGAAGCGCACAGGGUCAUGGAUCAUUCCGAACUUGAGCAUACUCUGGUUGGUCUAGACGUGGGUGAAGAGUUUUCCAUAAGAAAGGACUUGAAAGUGAGAGCUUUUAGAACUUAUCAUGCUAUUCCGAGCCAGGGAUACAUAGUUUAUUCCGUGAGACAGAAACUCAAGCAGGAAUACCUUGGGCGACCUGGUGCUGAGUUAAAAGGCCUGAGGCUGUCUGGCAUUGAGAUUACGGACACCUAUACAACACCUGAAAUUGCAUUUACGGGGGACACUAUGUCAGACUUCAUUACUGAUGUAGACAAUGCCGAUGUUUUGAGGGCAAAGAUUCUCAUUAUGGAGAGCACAUACGUGGAUGAUUUAUGCAUGGUGGAGCAUGCACGAGAAUAUGGACAUACUCAUUUGUCUGAGAUAAUUAAUCAUGCAGAAUGGUUUGAGAAUAAAGCAAUUCUUCUAAUUCACUUUUCUGCUCGGUAUCAAUUGGAUGUCAUUGAAAACGCUCUUUCUGCACUCCCUCCUCGUUUGGCUGGGCGAGUUUUUGCCCUCACUAAUGGUUUUUGACGAAGGUCAAGAGCUAAACACAUGUUUGUAUGAAUCAUAUCUGGGAUCUAAACAUUCUGGGUUCGGGCUCCAAGGAUUACGAGAACCUCAGCUUCAGAGAAUACACAGGUUUGACUUUGUCACUCUUUUAGAGCUCCCAGUUCUCACAGGAAGAAAAUCUAUUAGCAAAGUUGAUUUGUGGAGUCUGUGGCGGCUCUUUUUCUGAGAUGUUCCAGCUAUAUAUGAGUAGUUUCUAAACGGUUGAAACAAGUUUGUUACGCAUAGGUUCUAAAUUGUUGUUUUUAGACAUCAAAUGUUUAUUAGUAUUUUGUAGGAUAAUUUAUUUGAGUUGUCAUCAAGGUUACAUCAA